GUGGACCACAGCUUGCUGCUGCAGCGGCUCGGACACACACACACAAACACACACACUGGCCGGGCACACACAUACACACGCUCACACAUCAUCAUUUUCUACAGCAUUAUCACACACUCACUGCCGGGGGAGGAAACGGGAGCCGGUUUGCAGCCGACGGUUUGAACCACCCACUGAAGACAGACUGCGGCUGAGAUUAAAUCCUCACUGUGUGGAUCCAGACUCUCCGUUGACGGCCUUGAUUGAGUCGUUGAAUCUGGACAAAAGGUUUUCAUCCUGACAGCCAACCAUGGACAGGAACAGGAAGUGGGUGCCGGGUUUCGGAGCAGUGCUAUUGACACUCUUGAGUCACAUGACCUCGGCGCUGGAAGUGCCUCUUGAUCCUAAAGUACUGGAAGGAUUGCCCCAACCCCCCACUAUAACGCUACAGUCCCCGAAGGAUUACAUCUUUGAUCCGCGGGAGAACAUUGUCAUCCACUGUGAGGCCAAAGGGAAGCCUCAUCCCAGCUUCUCGUGGACAAGAAAUGGGACCCACUUUGAUGAAGAGAAAGACCCCAAAGUCCUGAUGAAGCCCAGCUCAGGAACUCUGGUCAUCGACAUCAGCGGGGAGAAGGCCGAGGCCUACGAGGGAACGUACCAGUGCACGGCACACAACGAGCACGGCACCGCGGUGUCCAACAGCAUCGUCAUCAGGCAGUCCAGGUCCCCCUUGUGGUCGAAGGAGAGGAAUGAGGCCAUCGUGGUGCAGAUCGGGGUCUCCCUGGUGCUGCAGUGCCGACCCCCUGCUGGGCUGCCCCCUCCGGUCAUCUUCUGGAUGGAUAACAACUUCCAGAGGCUCCAGCUGGAUAAGCGUGUGUCCCAGGCUCUGAAUGGAGACUUGUACUUCUCCAACGUUCUCCCAGAAGACACCAGGAGCGACUACAUCUGCUACGCACGCUUCCCUCACACACAAACCAUCCAGCAGAAGCAGCCCAUCUCCGUCACCGUGCUGGACAACAGCCCAGAGGGGGAGCGCCGCCCCGGGUUCAUGACGCCUUUUGGUGCCACCAGCACCAAGAUGGUUCUGCGAGGAGAGACUCUGGAGCUGGAGUGCAUUGCUGACGGCCUGCCCACUCCAGAGAUGUCCUGGCAGAAGGACGGAGGAGAGCUGCCCAGCACCAGGACGUCCUUCUAUAACUUUAAGAGAACACUCAAGGUUUCUGAGGUGAAUGAAGCUGACGGGGGGGAUUACCGCUGCACCGCCACAAACAACCUGGGCACUGCUUACCACAUCAUUAAAGUCACCGUCAAAGCGGCUCCUUUCUGGGUCAGCGCCCCCAGGAACCUGAUCCUCGCCCCGAACGAGACCGGCAUCCUGACCUGUCGAGUCAACGGAGAACCCAAACCCAAGAUCAGCUGGUUUGUCAACGGAGUCCCCAUAGAGAACGCACCUGAGGACCACAGUAGGAAGGUGGAUGAUGACACUGUGAUUCUUAGCAACGUGCAAUCAGGGUCCAGCGCCGUUUACCAGUGCAACGCAUCCAAUGACUUUGGUUACCUGAUGGCAAACGCUUUUGUCAACGUUCUUGCCGAGCCACCAAGGGUGCUCACUCCACCCAACCGAGUGUACCAGGUCAUCACCAACAACCCUGCGUUACUUCACUGCGCCUCCUUUGGCUCGCCAAUACCAACCAUCACAUGGUUUAAAGACAGUCAGACCAGCGUUAAGAAUGGCGACCCUUAUGUGAUCCAUGAGAACGGUACGUUGGAUAUCCAUGUGGCCCAGCCAUUAAACAGCGGGAAGUACACCUGCAUAGCCACCAACAUCCUGGGGAUCAAAGAGAACCACGUCUUCCUGGAGGUUAAAGAGCCCACCCGUAUCCUAAUGCAGCCGGAGUACAAGGUAGUGCAGAGAGGAAUGAGCGCUGUGUUCGAGUGUAAAGUCAAACACGACCCCUCCCUCAUCCCCACCAUGACCUGGCUCAAGGACAAUACAGAAGUGUCUAAAGAUGAGAGGUUUCAGGUGGACGUGGACAGUCUGACUAUCACAGACGUUGAAGAUGAAGAUGAGGGCACCUACACCUGCAUCAUGAACACCACUCUGGACCAGGACUCAGCCAGUGCCAUGCUGACGGUCGUAGAGGCUACUCCUACUCCAGCUAUUGUCUACGAGAGUCCCGACCCCCCCACCGACCUGGAGCUGACGGACCAGACAGCGAGGAGUGUUCAGCUCACCUGGACGCCCGGAGACGAACACAACAGUCCCACAGAGAAGUUUCUGAUCCAGUACGAGGAUCUGCUCCACCAGCCGGGGGUGUGGAUCAACCUGACGGAUGCUUCUGGGACGAGCACCACGGCGCAGUUGAAGCUCUCUCCGUACGUCUACUACUCGUUCAGAGUGCUGGGUAUGAACCGCGUGGGCUACAGCCAGCCCAGCCAGCCCUCCAGCCAGUACAGGACCACCCCUGCAGCUCCUGAUGACAAUCCAUCAGAUGUGAGUGGAGUAGGGACACAGCCUGGGAAUUUAGUCAUAUCCUGGACGCCGCUGACCGGAUUCCAGGCUAACGGGCCCAACUUAGAGUACAGAGUUCAGUGGAGAGCGAAGGACGUGGACGAGGAUUGGAGCUCGAAGAACGUGGCCAACGUUUCCCAGUUUGUCGUGACUAGAACUCCCAUCUACGUGCCGUACGAGGUCAAGGUUCAAGCGUUGAACGAUUAUGGCACCGCCUCCGAGCCUGAGGCAGUGUUUGGAUACUCUGGAGAAGACUUGCCUCUGUCUGCUCCUGACAGUGUGCAGGUCAUGGUACACAACAGCACUCUGGCAGAAGUGCACUGGGAGCCGGUCUCCUCCCCCUCUGUCAGAGGUAAACUGCAGGGAUACAAGGUUUACUACCGGCGGGAGCGUGGCUUUCACGACACAGAGGAGGCUGCAGAGCAGAGGGAGCAGGUCCUGACGUUCAGUGGGAAUCGAAGCGAGGGACGUCUGCCGGGCCUGCAGCCCUACAGCCUCUACAACCUCACCAUCAGGGUCCUCAACAGCAAAGGAGAAGGGCCUCCGAGCCCCAGCAAGAAGUUUGAGACCCCUGAAGGAGUCCCGGGGCCUCCAUCUUUUCUGAAUGUCGUUAACCCCAGUUUGGACUCUCUCACUCUGGAAUGGGGCCCACCGAUGAACAACAAUGGACGCCUCGCUGGAUACACACUGAAAUACCAACCAGUCAACACCACGAAGGAGCUGGGGCCGGUGAAGAGCAUGUCUUUCCCAGCCAACGAGACCAGUAUCACCCUGGGCUACCUGAACUCCAGCAUGCUCUACAAGUUCUACCUAAGCGCAAAGACAAUCAAAGGCUCUGGCCCCAUCAUCACAGAGGAGGCCUUCACUGUCAUGGACACAACUCGUACUCAGCCCACUGUAGAGACAGGCAAAGGCCCUACAGAGCCCCCUCACCCAACCUCCCCCAUCACUCAGUCUCCGCCUCCCCUGUUUCACAAGGCGCCGCCUGUCGGCCCUGCGUUCGGCAAUGUUAACACGUCUAUGUCGGAGGACGGUGCGGUGAUCAGUUGGGAUUACUUUGGACACCAUAAGAAUGUUUAUGUGGAAUAUAUUGUAGAAAACAGUAAAGACGACUGGAAAAAGGAGUUGGUAAACGGCUCCCACUGGCAUAUGAUAAAGGGGUUAAAGCCGGGGACGUCCUAUAAGGUGCGAGUGGUCGCUAGAGACCCCUCCGACCCGACGGUCCACAGCACAGACGAGGUGCUGGUGGCGGUGCCAGCUGUACCCAGUCGGCAGGUAGACAUUGCCACCCAGGGCUGGUUUAUUGGCCUGAUGUGUGCCAUCGCCCUCCUCAUCUUGGUCCUGCUCAUCGUGUGCUUCAUCAAGAGGAACAAGGGUGGCAAAUAUCCAGUGAAAGAGAAAGAAGACGCUCACCAAGACCCAGAGAUCCAGCCUAUGAAGGAGGAUGAUGGGACAUUUGGAGAGUACAGGUCUAUGGAGAGCGACACGGAGGACCACAAGCCGCUGAAGGGCAGCCGGACGCCGUCCAACGGGACGGUGCGCCGCGACGAGAGCGACGACAGCCUGGUGGACUACGGGGAGGGCGGGGACGGACAGUUCAACGAGGACGGAUCCUUCAUCGGCCAGUACAGCGGCAAGAAAGAGAAAGACACACACGAAGGGAACGAGAGUUCGGAGGCCCCGUCGCCCGUCAACGCCAUGAACUCCUUCGUCUAACCGAGGGCCCCCGAGGCUGAGAUACACCUCGUCACCUUGGCAAAUGUGACCAUCCCUGUGGUGACAGUUGCUAAGGUGACAGUCCACGGUGGCGGUCACUCCGGUGACUUCCUGUCACCAACACUGCUGGCACGCCCUCAUCAUCACCACCCCCCCCCCCCCCCCCCCCUCCACCAGCCCCUGUCUGUCACACUGUGACCUCCUCCGAUCUACACACACUCAACAAGGCAAACACAUCCCCCAUGAUAAGCGUCAAAAGAAGGUGUGAAGCGAGGGAUGUGAGGACUCAGAGAGGAGGGAAGGAGAGGAGGAAGCAAUAUAGAAAAGCAGAAGGAAUGUACCAGAGACUCGGCAGAAGUGUGUGCGUGUGUUAGUGCCAUUUCCUUUGCAAACACGAUGUAUCCAAAUAUAUAUUUUAUCAAAGUACACUACAUGACCCGCAGGUAGGCAACGAAUCAAAACAUCUGCAUGGAGUAAAUCAUGAUUCUAUUAAGCAUU